UCGGAAGUUGUGAGGGCGAGUACUUCCUGUUCGGUUGUUCACCACCUAAAGCAAUGGCGCUGUACUACACCCGCUGCCUUCAGCACCUCCCAAAAGUUUCAGUCAACGAUGUUUUCCGCUUGAUUCGAGCUUUAUCAUCAGCGUCACGCUGCAAAAAAAGAAAAGGGCUUCAAGUUUUACGUGUCGAAUUACAUUGACAACUAUGAAGGAACUCACCAGUAAUCUGGAGAUUAAAGCAGCCAAUGGAAGGUCUAUGAAGGCACUGAACGUUUUCUCAGAAUCAUUGAGGUUCCUUAAAGAAGAUGCCCUGAGAACUAUCAGCUCCAACACAGGGCAGAUGAAGUUCUUGGCCUCUGACUUCACCUGGGUGCUGACUGUUCCUGCCAUCUGGGAUCCUUCAGCUAAACAGUUCAUGAGACAAGCUGCAACUCAGGCAGGUAUUGUAACAAAAGGAACUGAGGAACAACUGGUGAUUACAUUGGAACCAGAAGCAGCUUCAAUCUGGUGUAAGAAGCUUCCAUCUGAUGGUUUCAUCACAGGGAACGACAUCAGCAAGUCACUGGAUCAGUGUCCAGGGACUCAGUACAUUGUUGUUGACUGUGGAGGAGGAACUAUUGACAUCACUGUUCAUAAAGUCCUGGAAGGAGGAGCCCUGAAGGAGCUGCACAAGGUCUCUGGAAAUAAUCUGGGAGGACAAACUGUGGACAGAAAAUUUAAAAAGUUUCUGAAUGAAAUAUUACCCGAUGGGGUCUGGGAUGAAUAUGUAAAAAACUACCCCAGUGCUGUUCAGAGAAUUAUGCAUGACUUUACCUUUCUCAAACAGACUGAUAAAGAUGUUCAGCUCAGUUGCUCAUACUCUCUGGGAUCAUUAGCUAAACAAAAAUCAGAAACAGAAAACUUUGUUAAAUCAGACCUAGGGGCUUCCUGGGAUGGUGAAUUCAUCAAAAUCUCAAGAGACAAACUGAGGUCUUUAUUUGAUGAAAGUCUGGAGGGCAUCACCCAGAACCUCAAGGAAAUCUUUAACUCUGGUCUUCACAUUAAAUACAUUCUGUUAGUUGGAGGCUACGCUCAGAGCCAGAUACUGCAGCACCACAUUACUGAUCAGUUUGGACACCGGUGUAAAGUUCUGUGUCCUUUCAGAGCUCAGGAAGCAAUUAUGAGAGGAGCUGUGGAGUUUGGUAGAAAUCCAAAGGUUGUGGUUUCUCGAAAAAGUUCCUAUACUUAUGGAUUUGCUGUUUGGGAAAAGUUUGAUCCGUCCAAACACAAAGAAGAAAAGAAAUGUGCAGCCAAAGGGGUGGAAUGGAGUCGAGAUAUUUUCAGAAAAUUGGUGGAAGAAGGUGAAGAUCUUGGUUCAGAUGAUACAAGAGAGUUCCUUUGUUCUCCAGCAAGAGCAGAUCAGACAGAGAUGAAAAUAAGAUUCUACAGCUCAGUAAAAAAAAAUCCAGUGUACGUAGAUGAGUGGGGAGCAGAGAUGGUUGGUUUAUUUCCUGUAGACACAACUGGAGGUGGUAAAGCCAAACUGGAAAUCAGGUUUGGCUCAACAGAGAUAACAGCUACAGGAACCAACCUGAUUAGUGGGGAGAAACAAACAAUCAAAAUUAACUUCAUGACCACAGACAGAGAAUGUCUUAUUGAUGACGAUGCAGAAGAUAUCAGUGCUGGGUCCAUCACCCAGAAUGUAGAUGAAUGUAUUUUAGAUGGUGCUGAUGAAGGAACAUGAACAUAUGUCACUUUUCCAUGAAUUUCAGUUUUGGCCAAGAAGGUUUAUCUAUUACACUGAAACAUAAAUAUUUGUUUUACCUUUAUUUGUAGACUUACAUUUUAUAAUAUAGUUUUAUUAGUUACUAGUUUUACUGUGAUUUAAAAUACAUAUUUAUGACAUUA